UGGAUUUCUCAAGCUUGAGGUUUAAAAAACUCUUCUCCUCCCUUGCACUCUGUACUCUGUAGCCUGUGCAGUUCUCUCGCUCUCUCUUACAAAUGCAACUUCUUCAGGCUCUGUGUUCUUCCAAUCUCUCUUUUCCAACCUCAGACUCAGUACUAAAUAAAGGGCAUACUUCACCAAAGAAAUCUGUUCAUCCUUCCCACGUUAAUUUUUGCGUUGCAAUUCAAAGACAUGAGGGAGUUGCAUGGCUUUCGCAAAACCGCUCGAAUUGGAGCCUAGUAGCCACUAGAGCUGCUCCUGUGGAAGCUGGCAGCUCCACGAUGUCAACGAGCGCUGCUGAGAAAGAUGUCUUGAAAGCCUUAUCUCAGAUCAUUGAUCCAGACUUUGGGACAGAUAUUGUCUCAUGUGGGUUUGUGAAAGAUUUACUUAUUGAUGAAGACUUAGGAGAGGUUUCAUUUCGGUUGGAGCUUACUACGCCAGCAUGUCCAAUCAAGGACAUGUUUGAGCAGCAGGCAAAUGAGGUGGUUGCUAUGCUUCCUUGGGUUACAAAAGUUAACGUGACAAUGUCAGCGCAGCCUGCUAGACCUGUUUUUGGGAAUCAACUUCCAAUGGGUCUACAGACUAUUUCGAGUAUUGUGGCAGUUUCAAGUUGCAAGGGAGGAGUGGGAAAAUCAACUGUAGCCAUAAAUCUUGCUUAUACUUUGGCUGGUAUGGGUGCUCGAGUUGGCAUUUUUGAUGCUGAUGUUUAUGGGCCAAGUCUACCAACAAUGGUGUCCCCUGAAAAUCGGUUGCUGCUGAUGAACCCAGAGAAGAAAACUAUUAUUCCAACAGAAUACUUGGGUGUCAAGUUGGUAUCUUUUGGAUUUGCUGGGCAAGGUCGUGCAGUAAUGCGAGGUCCAAUGGUUUCAGGUGUCAUUAACCAGUUGCUGACGACUACUGAGUGGGGAGAGCUAGACUAUCUUGUCAUUGAUAUGCCUCCUGGAACUGGUGACAUCCAACUUACUUUAUGCCAGGUAGUCCCAUUAACUGCAGCUGUUAUUGUUACUACCCCUCAGAAGCUAGCAUUCAUAGAUGUAGCAAAAGGUGUUCGCAUGUUUUCGAAGCUUAAGGUGUGCAACUCAUGGGUUCCAUGCGUUGCUGUAGUUGAGAAUAUGUGCCACUUCGAUGCUGAUGGGAAACGCUACUACCCAUUUGGUAGAGGUUCAGGUUCUCAGGUCGUCCAACAGUUUGGAAUCCCCCAUCUGUUUGAUCUUCCUAUCAGACCAACUCUGUCUGCUUCUGGAGAUAGUGGAAUUCCUGAAGUAGUUGCUGAUCCUCUAGGGGAAGUUGCCAAGACAUUCCAGGACCUUGGUGUAUGUGUUGUCCAACAGUGUGCAAAGAUUCGCCAACAAGAUUGUUUUUUUUUUUCAGUGUCAACAGCUGUAACAUAUGAUAAAUAUAUUAAAGCAAUCAAGGUUAAAGUACCAGAUUCAGAUGAAGAGUUCCUUCUGCAUCCUGCAACUGUUAGACGGAAUGACCGCUCUGCCCAAAGUGUUGAUGAGUGGUCCGGGGAGCAGAAAUUGCAAUAUGCAGAUGUCCCUGAAGACAUAGAACCUGAAGAUAUUCGGCCUAUGGGAAACUAUGCUGUUUCAAUUACAUGGCCAGAUGGAUUUAGUCAGAUUGCCCCCUAUGAUCAAUUGCAAACCAUAGAGCGAUUAGUUGAUGUUCCAGAACCGACUCCUGUGCAGGCAUGAUAGGUGCUGAUGGAAAUUGGAAGAGAUAUCGUCUUAUAGUUAUAUGAAGAUUGAAGAGAAACAAAAAGAAUAAUCUGGAUACUGAAUGGAGUUCUAUAAGUGUGAUCUUCAUUCUUAUUGAUUUCUUUGGCGGAUGCAAAUAUCUAUGUACAUUAUAGAUAGUUAUAUGUAAGCAUGCAAUCUUA